CAGUUAUCCAUUCAAGGUGUCAGAUCUUUUGAUCCUGGGUCCCAGGAAACAAUUGAGUUCGGUAAACCUUUAACUUUGAUUGUUGGUCAAAAUGGUACUGGUAAAACGACUAUUAUUGAAUGUUUGAAGUACUCCACAACGGGUGAUCUACCCCCAAAUAGUAAAGGUGGUGCUUUCCUUCAUGAUCCAAAGAUGACAGGUGAUAAAGAAGUAAGAGCUCAAGUCAAAUUGGCUUUCACUAAUGCAUCAGGAGUGUCCAUGAUUUGUACAAGAGCCAUGCUCUUGACGCUAAAGAAAACCACAUCUACAUUCAAGACACUAGAAGGUCAAUUGUUAGCUUUACAUAGAGGUGAAAGAACCACUAUCAGCACAAAAUGUGCUGAGCUAGAUGUCCAAGUUCCUAAUUACCUUGGUGUUUCUAAAUCAAUUUUAGAUUAUGUUAUAUUUUGUCAUCAAGAUGAGAGUCUCUGGCCUCUUGCUGAACCGUCUGUCUUGAAAAAACGAUUUGAUGAAAUCUUUGAAGCAUUGAAAUUUACUAAAGCUUUGGAUAAUAUCAAGGUGAUUAGAAAAGAUAUGACAGUGGAGAUCAAACUACUAGAUCAAUCAGUGAAACACUUAAAGCAAGAUAAAGAAAGAGCAGAUAGAGUUAGAGAGAAGAUGGAUGCUAGUUAUAAGACUGUCGAUACAUAUAAGCAAGAGACUGUGCUAUUGGAGGAGGAGUUGAGACGUAUAACUAAGCAAAGUGAUGACCUUUUCAAAUCAAACCAAGCGUUCCAAAAGGUUUUAUCAAAGCUAGAAAGUUAUAGACAUUCUCAAAGGUCACUCAAUGAACAAAUUGAUAGACUUGAGGACUCAACAACUUUACUCCCAGAUACUGAUGAAGACCUACAGUAUAAGAUUGCUAAUUUUCAAACUGUUGUGAGAGAUGCUGAGAAGAAGGUCGAAGAGCUUAAGAACGAAGUUGGUGAUAAGCAAGCUAAUUUAAGAACACUCAGAGAAGACUAUAGUCAUAUGAUCAGCGAGGAAGGUCAAUUGAAAGGUAAAGAGGCUGAUUAUAAGCUGAAUUUACAGAAAAGAUCUGACUUGGUCAAAUCAUCUAUUACUGAACUUGAUAUGGAUGUUUCUCCUGAUGAUUUUAUAGAGUUUGAAAAUACUCUCAACACUCAGACUCAUAGAAGCCAAAGGCAAUUACAGAGUAUGACUUCUGAUUCUAAAAAAGAAGAAGCUGUUGUUGAGCAAAAAUUGAAACUUGUGUCUGAUUCUAAGCUAAAAGAGAGUCAACAUAGAGAAUAUGCUAAUAAUGAUAUUAAAUCAAUUGAAAAUGAAAACAAAUCUCUUGCAACAAAAAUCAACAGCUUGGAUGUCAAUGAAGGUGGAUUGGAGUAUGAAAAGCUAAAGUUGGAGGACUUGGAAUCUAAAUUGAAUGAGUUUAGAAAUCAAAAGAUUGUGGAAAAACUUGUCAAAGAAAUACGGGGGAAAAACACUGAAAUUUCUUCUUUGGAAACUGAAAUUGAGACUAUGAAUCAUGAGAUUUCUCAAAGCCAUAAACAAUCUGAUACAUAUGCCAAAAUUUCAUUACUCAACGACGAGAAAAACUACAGAGAAAAAGCAUUAGCUAAACUCAUUACCGCAAACGAAAAUAUUUUCAACUCAGAGGCUUUGGACUUAGAAGGUUUGGAGAAAAGUUUCAAAGAAAAGGUAUCAAAAUUACAAAAUGAAGUCAAAGAAGGUGAAAAGGAACUUAAAAGAAUUAAUGACCGUUCCUAUAAACUUGAAUCAGAGUUUCAGUUUAAAAAGUCAAGUAUCACCAACCUAACCAAGGAGCUUGAAACUUCAGAGAAGAAGUUCAAAGAUGAGCUUGAAGAUGAAGAUGUUGAAGAUUAUGAUGAAGUCUUAGGAUCAGCAGAAGAUGAUUAUAAAAUUGCUCUCGAAAACCUCAAGAUGAGUAGCACUACAUUACAAUUCAACAAAAAAGCACUUGAAAUUGCUGAGAAGGACCAAUGCUGCUAUCUAUGCUCUCGAAAAUUUGAUGAAAAAUCAGUUCUUUCAAUAUUUAUAAAAGAGUUGAAAAGUAAAACUGAAAGUGGAUUUGAAAAGCAACUCGAAGAACAACUUCAAUCACAAAAGGAAUAUCUGAAUACAGUGAGAUCUUUAGCAUCUGUUGUUGAUAGGAUUGUUACCACUAAGAGAAAAGUUGCAGAACUAGAUAGUGAAAUUAAAUCAAUCACACCAAGUUUGGAGGAAUCUAAAAACAAACUAGAUGAACAAACAAAGAAAGUGGAUGAAAUAAGGAACAAACUUACUAGUUUGGAAGAUAUCAAAGGUUCUGUUAAUGAAAUUUCAAGGAUGAGACAAGAUUUGAAAAACAUUGAAGCCCAAGUUGCUGCCAAAGAAAGAGAAUUGAAUGACUAUGGGUUCUCUCCAAGAAGUCUUGAUGAGCUUCAAAAGGAACAAAACUCCAAAAGCUCUGAACUAAAAAAUCUUCGUAAAGAAGUUGCUAAUUUACUUGAGGAUAAAGAUAGUAAGCAGAGGGAACUAUCAGUUUUAGAAGGUAAUGUCAAAGAUAUGAGACUAAAAAUUAGUAACAUUGAAAGAUCACUUAUCGAAAAGGAAAACUUAACAAAGACCAUAGAGGAGAAUAAAAAUAGAAUCGUCAAGUUACAUGAAAUGGUUGAAAAAUCUGAUGGUAUCAUCAGAGAGCUUACAAUGGAGAUUGACUCUGUGACAAAAGAACUUGAGACUUUACGCAAAGAAAAUGGUGAAAAAAUCACUAAACAACAAAAAGAACUUGAAGCCUUAACAUCCCACAAGAAUUUGUUCACAUCACUUAAUGACGCUAUUAAAGUUUAUAUUGAGAGAGAUUCCAAACUUUUGGAAAAAUGUCAAGAAGAAGUCUCGCUGAUUGGCACUUUGAUUACCGAGCAUGAAGAAGCAAUUGAAGCUGCAUCCAUCAGAGUUUCAGAGGAGGAGAAGAAACUAGCAGAUACAAACAAUGAAGAGAGAAAUUUGAAGAAUAACCUUGAUAUAAGACAUAUGCAAAACAAAUUGAGAGAAAUUGAAAUUGAAAUUUCAGAAAUGAAUGUUCAAAAUGCUGAAAGUGAAAGAGAUAGAUAUCAAGAAGAAUCUUCAAGAUUACGUGAAGAAUAUUCCAGUAUGAAUGCUGAACUAGCUGGUAAGAUGGGUGAAAUCAAACAAAUUGAAGAUCAAGCUAAACAGUACCAAAAGGAACUAAACUCUGAAUUCAAAGAUAUUGAGAAAUCGUAUCAAGAAGAAUGGGUCAAACUACAAACCAAAACUUUAGUUUUAAAUGAUUUGGGUACCUAUUCCAAAGCCCUUGAUUCUGCUAUUAUGCAAUAUCAUAGUAUUAAGAUGAAAGAAAUCAAUAGAAUAAUCGAUGAGUUGUGGAAAGGUACAUAUAGUGGUACUGAUGUUGAUACUAUUAUGAUUAAAAGUGAUCAAAACACGGCAAGUAAAGGUAAUAGAUCCUAUAAUUAUCGUGUUGUUAUGGUGAAACAAGAUGCUGAAUUGGAUAUGAGAGGUAGAUGUUCUGCUGGUCAAAAAGUUUUAGCGUCUAUUAUUAUUAGAUUGGCUUUAGCUGAAUGUUUUGGUACAAAUUGUGGUGUUAUAGCACUUGAUGAACCUACGACAAAUUUGGAUGCUGAAAAUAUUGAGUCUUUGGCAAGAUCAUUAGGUAACAUUAUUGAAUUGAGACAAGCUCAAAAGAAUUUCCAAUUGAUUGUUAUUACUCAUGAUGAAAAAUUCUUGACUUAUAUGAAUGCUGCGAAAUACACUGAUCAUUUCUAUAGAGUUAGAAGAAAUGACGCUCAAAAAUCACAAAUCGAUUGGGUCAAUAUUACAAGGGUUUCAGAAUAA